CGCCUUAUUCGAUUCUGUUUGUCGGCAGAAGAUUAUAAAGAACCUCAGGAGACUUUUAAGAAAGUUACCGGAGACAAGGAAAAAACUUCUCGAAUGGCUUCUUCACCGGAGUGUAUAACCUGGAUGGCUGUGGGCCUGACUGAGUCUGUCACCAUAAUAGCUCUGAAUUCUUUGACAGUGAUUGCAUUUUUUAGAGACCGUAGUCUUCGUAAACGAUCCACUUACUUAGUGAUAAGCUUGGCAGUUGCAGACAUGUUUACCGGGGGAACUUCUCCACUAGACCUCUUCUAUAAUGUUGGGGAGACGUGUAACUUCUGGAGACACAAAAGAGAGCAUUGGUAUCGGAUACCACAGGUCUUUCUCUUCUGGUUUCUCGUCUGUUCGUUUAUAAAUAUGACUGUUAUUUCUCUAGAACGCCUGAAUGCAACGUUUUGGCCCUUCAGACAUCGUACGAUCAAAAAGUCAGUCUACUGGGUUGUUAUCAUCGCCAUCUGGUUGACAGCACUACUCUUUUCAUUUACAUUUACGUUAAUAAUAGGUUAUUACUAUCCACAUAAACCGGGCUAUUAUUACUACGCUUGGGGUUCAUUCAUCUCAAUUUGUCUUGUGGUCAUUUGUGUUUCUUACGUUUCUAUUUUUGUCAAGCUUCGCUUUGGGAAUCAGCCUCGACACCAUGGCGCGGCAAAUAGGGAAAGGAAACUGACCAUUACGUUGUUCACUGUGACUUUUCUCUCUCUCCUAUUGUGGCUGCCUUAUGUGAUAACUACUUUUUUGUUUUUCGCCACCAACAUUCUAAGUUCGUUGUCUGAAAUAACCCUUUUCCGUUUGGAACUUGGUUCAGUCAUCUUGGUUUACGCAAACUGUUUUUUAAAUCCGAUAUUGUAUGUAAUGAGAAUGCCAGGUUUUAGGCGAGCUUUAAAGAUGUUAUGUCGCCAACGACCUCAGCCACACAGAGAGGUUGAGAUCAUUCCCCUCCGUGAGAUUAACCCCCAAAUUUAG